AACUCUCGAAAUACAUAGGCGUUCACAGGUUCAUAAAAUUGCAGGUCAAUAUUUCUUAUUGCAUGUCGGCAAAGUGAAUCACGUGAAUGUUCUUCACGAAUUUGAUUAUUUUAAUAUCACCAUGAAUCAAUUUGUUGGUUUUGAAGUCAUAAAAAUAUCCAUAGCUUAAUCUAACUUUGAGAUUUUUAUAUACAAACAUGGCGCAGCAGAUAACUUGUUUCAAUAGUGGCGUUGUUAUGCGCUGUUUAUGUAUCGAAACGAGAUAUGACUUUGUCAACAAGGGGUGCCCGUGUGAUUAGAUGGAGUAGAUGAGACCAUUUUUUAAUGAUUACAAGAUACCCUAUUGUGCAACGAAUUUUUGUUAUCUGGAAUGCGAUGAUUUUCCAUCGCAUAAUAAAUUGAAACCACCUGUGUUUAAACGUCAGGUGUCUCAGAAAGUGAAGAUGGGUCUGGCUUCAAAUAUGCCAUAUUUCUUAUUUUUACUACUUUUUGUUAUGUCCUCAAAUAUGUUCCAAGCAGAUCAUGUUGGAACGAAAGGCAUAUACUGGAGGCUUGACUCACUUGAGAACAAGGUGAUCAACAUUGACAAACUUACAAAUGAUGACUCCAAUGCCACCAAGAGCCUGCGCCAAGACGAGCCGAAGCAGGACACAGUUUUUGAGGCUCUCUUGAGUACAAGUAUCAAAAAUGGUAUCUGGACCAAGCAUGAAGCUGUCAGAUACUGUACAAGUGAUGUCAAUAGCCAUGAAUGUAAUGGGACAACAUAUGAUAUAAUCAGGCAUGCUGCAAGUCAAGGUGCAGUGCCUGAUGACGAAACUGCAGAGACAGCACCUGAGCCUGACGAUGAACAGGAACCACCCCUGGACUGUGGCAAGUCUGUCAACUUCACACACUAUGACCACCUGGUGGGGGUAUCAAACAGGCAAAGGCACCCAGCGCUGGUGCCCGAGCCGCAUGCUGGCCUUGUAUUCCGGCGUCGGGGAGACAGAGCCAGCGAUACCAUCGAUCUGGACGUGUUGGAGAAAAAGCUACGGCGCUCCAAACGAGAGAAACCCAAGUCGUUGCAGCUGUACAACCAGAUCGGCAACUUUUGGCGUGUGAAAGGUGACGCGUCCAAAGCCAUCGAGUGCUUCCGACGCUCGCUCGCGGUGUCUCCAAAUAACGCUGAGGUGCUGUUGAACUUGGCCCGGGUCUUGUUCAACCUGCAGUACCUGGAUGACGCCAUCUUCCUCACGCGCCGAUCGCUGGAGGUGCAGCCUCCCGAUCAGAACGCGUGGCUGCAGCACUUCACCCUGGGGGAGAUACUGAAGGAGUACGGUAAUUACCAGGAGGCGGAGAUGCACCUGCGGCACACGCUGGAGCUGCGUCCGCGCUUCCAGCCGGCGCAGGACGCCCUGCGCCAGAUGGAGGCGGCGCCUGCCACUCAGCUGCACGGCAACACCGUCUUCAUCAUCAUCGUACUGGUGUCCUGUGUGCUGUUCAGCAUUCUCUCCACGCUGGAGUCGGCCGAGACGGACGACUGCUCGUCCGAGGGCGGCCGGCUCUCCGGACGGUCGGGGUCGCGCGCGACGCGGGGACGCUGCCGCCGCUCCGUGUGACAUGGUGUCGCGGCAAGGCGCGGCUGCCGCCGCCCCCGUCGUUUUUUCGACGGUCCCGUACGCUGCCCGGCGGUUUUUGCAGAGAGAUUGGGUCGGCUGUUUUCAGCCGCCGUUCGCGCCAGUUCUUACAUUUGUUUUCAUUUGGAAGUCUUGUUGGGAACGAUGCAAGGAAUCGUUCUGCUGCCGACAGAGAUUUGUACGAGCCAGAUCGAGCGCAGAAGUUUCAGUUUGGGCAAGUUUUGUUUGGGCCAGUUUCGUGCCGACAGGAGUAAGAAAUCGAUCUGUUGUAGUGUUCAUUAAGUCGUAAGUUCACGACGGAAGGGUACAAAUGUGAUUUAGUUGCUUGUAGAGAUUUGCUGUGAUUUUAUUGAUGCUCAUUGACGAAAGUUGAUUUACCUGUAAUUGCUUUCCGUCUACUGGCAUUCUGUACAUGUGUUUGAUGAUCGUAUUUGGCGCAGUUUUGCUUUGUUGCCGACCCGCUCCCAGACCGUUGAGCUGCGCGGGCGCGCGGAUGGAGGAGAACGACACAAGUCGACUGCCACCACCGCCAAUGGUGGAUCAAAUAUACGCAAUGCAAGGAA